GUCAAGGAGCGCUAGUCGGGGACGGUCGGCGGAGGUUUAUCCCGGGUCAGUGAUGGGGCUGAACCCUGCUGACUUGCCAGUUGUCUGUGCUGUCUCUGUUGGAUUCUGCGUCUGCUCGCUGAAGACGCGGAACAGAGGUGCGGAGUCUUUUCCUUUGGGUGCUUAAGACCCGGUCGUCAAAGGUCCUAAUCUCCAUAGCCGACGGCUGCGAGGGAUUGAGAGCGCAGUCAAGAUGGUUUCUGAAUAAGUGAAAGCAAAUAAGACCUUGUGAAUCCAGCCUGGCUCAAGAAUAAAACUGGGAUCGGAAGAUCUAUUUCUGGUACUAGCUGGGCUCUUUCACUGGGUUCCUCAUAUUGAUAUUCUUUUAGAAAUGAGUUGCACAAUUGAGAAGGCACUUGCUGAUGCUAAAGCCCUUGUUGAAAGAUUGAGAGAUCAUGACGAUGCAGCAGAAUCUCUGAUUGAGCAAACCACAGCUCUCAACAAGCGAGUAGAAGCAAUGAAGCAGUAUCAGGAAGAAAUUCAAGAACUUAAUGAAGUCGCAAGACAUCGGCCACGGUCUACAUUAGUUAUGGGAAUCCAGCAAGAAAACAGACAAAUCAGAGAAUUGCAACAAGAGAACAAAGAAUUACGUACAUCCCUGGAAGAACAUCAGUCUGCAUUGGAACUUAUAAUGAGCAAGUAUCGAGAACAAAUGUUUAGAUUGCUCAUGGCUAGCAAAAAAGAUGAUCCAGGUAUAAUAAUGAAGUUAAAGGAGCAGCAUUCCAAGAUUGACAUGGUACAUCGUAACAACUCCGAAGGAUUCUUCCUUGAUGCAUCUCGACACGUCCUUGAAGCACCUCAACAUGGACUGGAGAGGAGGCACUUGGAAGCAAAUCAGAAUGAGUUACAAGCACAUGUUGACCAGAUAACUGAAAUGGCAGCAGUGAUGAGGAAAGCCAUUGAAAUCGACGAGCAACAGGGUUGCAAGGAGCAGGAACGAAUAUUUCAACUUGAAGGAUUGGCCAGUGGCUUAUUGCUGAUCCUGCAAACCUUUUUAUCAUCAGUAGUGGGUUGAAUAGUAUCCCCCCAAAGGGUAGGCCCAAAGCCUAACCCACUAUACCUAGCAAUGUGACCAUAUUUGGAAAUAAAGGAUCUCAGGAUAAUAUCACUCCACAUUAGACAUGGCCCUAAAUCAAUGAUUGGUGUUCUUAUAAUGAGAUUUGCAACACAGAGAGAAAGCCAUGUGAAGAUGGAGGCAGAAAUUUAUGCAAGUCAAGAAACACCAAGGAUCAUGAGUCACUGCCAGAACCAAGAGUGAGGCAUAGAAUGGAUUCUCAGCUCCAAGAAGGGAACAACUCCUGCUUGAUUUCAGACUCUGGCCUCCAGAAUUGUGAGAAAACAAAUUUCCAUUGUUUUAAGCCACCCAGUCUGUGGGUAAUUUAUUAAUACAUCAUUUGUUUAUCAAGUA